AUGUUUGGAGCGACAGCGAGUGCGCCGCAAACAGCGUCCAGUGGCUUCAGUUUUGGCUCAAGUGCUGCAGCAGCUACACCGUCGUCAAGCGGCUUUAACUUUGGCGCGGCGCCAGCAGCUUCGGGAACAGGAGGAGGCUUUGGAAGUUCUGGAACGUCGAUGGCUCCUACUGCUACUGGCUCGACGGGGUUCAAUUUUGGUGCUCCACUGACGUCGAUGUCGACGGCUCCUGCAGCGUCGUCUGGCUUUUCUUUUGGGGCAGCACCUGCUACACCUUCCCCAGCUAGCUCUGGAUUUAGCUUUGGAGGCACUAGCACAGCUCCGAGUACUGGUGGUAGCUCUGGCUUUAGCUUUGGUGGGACUGCUGCUCCGGCUGCAGCUGCUCCAGCUGCAGCUGCUCCAGCUAGCUCCGGGUUCAGCUUUGGAGGCGCGAGCGCAACUCCGAGUACGGGUGGUGGUAGUGGCUUUGGGUUUGGCGGAACUGCUGUACCUGCUGCCAGUUCAAGUGGAUUCAACUUUGGAAGCACGAGCACAGCCCCGGCUGCUACUGGUUCUGGGUUUAGCUUUGGUGGCACAGCGCCAGCUACCAGCUCCGCGCCAUCGUUUGGGACUGGUGCUAAUGCUGCAACCACGGCGAAACCUUCCUUUUUCGGACAGCAACCUGCAGCAAGUAGCACUGCAACAACUGGAUUCGGAAGUGGUUUUAGCUUUGGGGCCAAGCCUGCAACUGCAGGCACUGGAUUUGGAUUUGGCACAGGAAGUGGUCUUGCUACCGGCUCAAGCACUUUCGGUACAACAGGCACGUCACUUUUCGGUGGUGGUGGAGGUUCUGGUUUCGGCACCGCAACACCUGGUACUGUGCCCUCUGGCUUCGGUGUGACACCUGCGUCCACUGCUCCAGCCCCGAUCAUCCUUGGAGCAGAUGCCUCUGUUGCCCAGUUGAAUACGAUCAAGGCAGCUUACCAGGACCCCGCACAGUCACGUUUCAAGUUCCUCAUGUACAACACUGUUGACCCAAUGCAGCGACAUCUGUACGCUCGACCACCCUACAUCAGCGAACGUUUGUGGAACCAAGCAGAGCUUGACAACCCCGACCCGCCCAACUGCGUGCCCGUUCCUAUUUUGGGGUUUGACAAUCUACUCAAGCGUAUUAAGGUGCAACAGGAGCACGCGGACAAGUACAACAAGCACACGGAUGACCUGCGUGCACAACUGAAUGAGUUGGACAAGCACACGCGCGCAACCGAAGAAAAGCUUGAAAAGUGCCGCCACGAGCACGUGCAGCUCUUUCACUCACUGGUGAAAGUCAUGCGGGAUAUCGAGCUGUUGCAGAAUUACGGCAAGCCUCUUCAACGCGAGGAGAUGCAGUUAGCGACGAUGCUGAAGAAGCUUCAGACGUUACUGAACUCGCCAGAUCAGUACAAAGCGCGACUGAAGGACGUCGUAUCGCUUCAGCAUGUUCCAAACGAGGCGCAGCCACCUCCGACAAGUCAACUGAGUCCGCAAGAUCUGCAACGACUCUAUGAGCUAAUGGACAAGCAGCGACAAGGAAUGGAGCACCUGACGAACAUCAUCAACGACGACCUCGCGGACAUCCAGCUCAUCAAAGAAACGUGGCGACGGUAG